AUUUUCCUUCUUGAUUGUCCGCUGUACUGUGCUGUGCGGAUGUAGGACAAAAUAGCGGCUGGUAAACGCUCCUUAGCCGCUUUUUCAUCGUUUUUUUCCUGUACCGACCGUUCACCAACUACUCGUGGAUCUUCUGAGAUCGUCACUAUAGUACGUCGCUUGGUUUGAUGUGUGCCGACUAGCACCAGCACCGCGUCCACCGAGUGUUACAGAAAGUGACAAGGACGGCCGGCCUCGGUUGUUAUUUUCUCCGUCGCGUCUGCGAGUAGAGCACACCCAACAGCAGCAGCAGUCAACGAGACAACACAAGUGGACUACACACAUUUUACAACACUGUGUGGAAUUCCCUAUAUGUCCCGCUAGUGACGCUAUUCAAGUCAGUCGACAUACCAACCGCUUGCUACAAUAUUUUUUCUAUUUAAUUCUGUUUCAAUGAUCCACCUGUAAAUACGCUAAAAUGAUGAAGCUACUGUGUUCCAUCCUUUCAAGGACUCUGUCUGAACUAACCACAGUUUCAAGAGGGGUGGGAGCAAGCGCCCUCUUGCUUGUGGUUGCUUUUCUUAAUUUUCACCCGACUUUAACUCAAGAAACAUUCAGAAAUAGUACGUACCCUCCAGUCUGGGAUGGGGGCGAAGAAGAAGAAGUGUGUUCACGCAAUGCUACCGCAUGUAAACCAGGAGUCCUUCUACCAAAAUGGACUCCAGAUCCGGUGAAUGUGGGCGACGUGGCGGCCAGAGCCACUGUGUACUUCGCUGGCCUGGCGUACAUGUUUCUGGGCGUUUCUAUUGUUGCAGAUCGCUUUAUGGCAGCCAUCGAAGUAAUCACUUCCAAGGAAAAGGAAGUGACUGUGAAGAGGCCCAAUGGUGAGAAAGUUGUCGUCAGUGUGCGUAUUUGGAAUGAGACUGUAUCGAAUCUGACUUUGAUGGCACUCGGUUCAUCUGCUCCUGAAAUCUUACUCUCAUUGAUUGAGAUUAUCGGCAAUGGUUUUCACGCUGGUGAUCUUGGUCCGGGCACAAUUGUUGGUAGUGCAGCCUUUAACUUAUUCGUAAUUAUUGCAAUAUGUGUGUAUGCCAUUCCUGAUGGAGAGGUACGUAGGCUGAAGCAUCUCAGAGUAUUUUUUGUAACGGCAACUUGUAGUCUUUUCGCCUAUAUCUGGCUUUACAUGAUCCUUGCUGUAUUUUCUGCUGGCAUUAUUGAAGUGUGGGAAGCUCUUUUAACAUUUAUGUUCUUCCCACUCCUGGUAGUUGUUGCAUAUUUGGUUGACACUCGUGUGUUUUUUAUGAAAUUUCUGCGCAAGAAAUAUAAAGCUAAGAGUAUUGUAAAGCGAGAUGCGAAAGGGGAAAUGCGACUGGAAGCCAUGCCUGGUGAGUCCAGGGGCAAUCACUAUCCGUUGAGUCAUGAGUAUGAUGAUGUUGAAUAUCGUGGGCGGUUUGAGGAUGAUGAACUUGAUUUUGAGGAUAUUAAAGAUUUGGAUGAAAGUCGCCAAGAAGCUAUACGCAUUCUCCGUGAUCUGAAAAAGAAACAUCCUGAAGCUGACCAUGAAACUCUGGAACAAAUGGCCAAUUAUGAGGCUCUUAAUCGGCAAACCAAGAGUAGGGCAUUCUAUCGUAUCCAAGCAACACGUAAAAUGGUUGGUGCAGGUAAUAUUCUGAAGAAAAACCUGGACAAGAAGCGCACUAGCAUAGCUGAGGUCAAGAUAGAGGUGCCACAGGAUCAAAACUUCACCAGGGUCUUUUUUGAACCUGCUGAGUAUACUGUGUUUGAGAACGUUGGUACCUUUAAUGCGACGGUAGUAAGACGUGGCGGGGAUAUGAACAGCACCAUAUACGUUGAUUACCGAUCCGAAGAUGGCACUGCAAAUGCAGGCUCCGACUUUCACUAUGCUGAGGGGACACUUGUUUUCAAACCUGGCGAAACUCAAAAAAACAUCCAGUUAACUAUAAUCGACGACGACAUAUUUGAAGAAGAUGAACACUUCUAUAUCCGCCUCAGUAACGUCCGUGUUGGAACUGCGGAUGGGAUGUUCGAGAGCAACCACGCUGGUCCUCAAGCACGAUUAGUAGAGCCAGCAUUUGCUACUGUCGUUAUAUUGGACGAUGACCAUGCUGGUAUCUUCCAUUUUGAGGAGAAACUGGUGAAAGUGGCAGAAACCGCUGGUGAGCUGGAAAUUAAAGUUGUGAGGUCAUCUGGCGCCCGUGGCACUGUUAUUGUACCAUACCAUAGUAUCGAGGGCACCGCUAAAGGACAUGGUGACGACUUUGAAGAUGCUGAUGGGGAGCUGGAAUUCCACAAUGAUGAAACCAGUAAAUUCAUAAACGUAAAGAUUAUUGAUGAUGAAGAAUAUGAGAAAAAUGAAAAUUUCUACGUGGAGCUUGGAGAGCCUAGGUUGGUCAAGAGAGGACAAGUCCCUAAGAGUAAGAAAUUUCACUUAUUCGGUAAAGGAAGUGACGAUGAAGAUUCGGCAUACGGAGACAAAGAGAACAGCGGAAGUAAUCACAUGACCGAGGAUGAAAAACGUGUUGCUGAAAUGGGAAAGCCCCGACUUGGCGAUUUGAUAAAAUGUGAAGUAAAAAUCUUGGAGAGUACAGAAUUCAAGAACACUGUUGAUAAGCUGAUUAAGAAAGCCAACUUAUCGUUGGUGGUCGGUACGUCAUCCUGGAGGGAACAGUUCGUGGAGGCUGUAACUGUUAGCUCAGGGGAUGAAGAUGAAGAUGGUGAAGAAAAACUCCCAUCAUGCUCUGACUAUGUGAUGCAUUUCCUGUCUAUUUUCUGGAAGAUUUUAUUUGCGUUUGUGCCCCCUACAGACAUCUGGGGUGGCUGGGCGUGCUUUACCGUGUCUAUUUUAAUGAUUGGAUUAUUAACUGCUGUAAUUGGUGAUUUAGCGUCACAUUUCGGUUGUACCGUCGGACUGAAGGACACAGUCACCGCUAUCUCAUUUGUUGCAUUGGGUACCAGUGUGCCAGAUACAUUUGCUAGCAAGACGGCCGCUGUCGGAGACAAAUAUGCAGAUGCCUCAGUUGGCAAUGUGACUGGUAGCAACGCUGUCAAUGUAUUCCUUGGUAUCGGCUUGGCAUGGUCGGCAGCCGCCAUCUAUUGGGCGGCCAAGGGUGAAGUAUUUGAAGUGAAGCCAGGAUCAUUGGCCUUCUCAGUUACCAUAUACAGCAUUUUUGCCGUGAUUGCCAUCACAGUCCUGAUGAUCCGAAGGAAACUACCUAACACUUUGGGAGAGCUCGGUGGACCUAAAACAACCAAAAUAAUCACCUCUUGUUUUCUAGUGGGGCUUUGGCUACUCUAUCUGUUACUGUGUUCGUUUGAAAGCUACUGCUAUAUUGAGGGAUUCUAAAGGAUUCUAUAUGUGAACUAACUUAUGAUCAACUUCAAAGUAAUCAGCGAUGAACAGGGAUAAAAUAUCAAAGAAGAGCAACAACAAUGGUUUUCUGUGGCAGGAACAACUGAAUGAAUAUAGCCGAGCUAACAAACUAAAUAAGUCUAAGUAAGAAGUUUUUGUAAAUGAUUGAAACAAUUGGAACCAUAAAUACAGCAGUGGUCAUUUGGAAGUGAACAACAAAUACGGUACAUUUCACCCAUGAAAUAAUUAAGCUUGGGUUGACAUCAUUAUAACCAUCGAAUAAACAUGUAUUCCGUCUUUUUUCCAGAAAAAACAAAACAAUAUUCAAACCACAAUCAUUUUUUAAUCAAUAAUA